CGCUACAAAAGCUUCCUAACUGCAACUGUAAUUCUGAAGAGAUAAAUGACACUCUCUAAAAUAAAGAUUGCUUCUUUCAAUCAUUUGCUUUCUUCUCAGCUCUCUUCCUCAACUGCUUCAUCGUCACCUUAUCUGCUAAUGUUUCUCAGGUAAGCAAAAUGUCUCGUCUUUAGAUCUCUCUUUACCAAACUGUGAUCUUUGUGGAUCCCUCCUUUUUCAAUUUCUGGGUAUCAGCCAAAUCGAGUCAAGGUUGACUGUUAUUGGUAUCGAUCAUUGAAUGGCUCUACCUGCAAAUUAUCCAUGUUCCUUGUGGAAUUCGAAAGCAUUGAACUUCACCCGUUGUCACUGGUGAUUUGAGUUGUUCUUUGAUUCCUCUGCCUCCCAAGUUUGGGAGGAGUUGGCUGUUGGUUGGUAGGAAGGGUUUGUGUCAAAAUGAAAAUUUGACUUGAGAAUCUGACGUUCCGACUUUGAUGCUUAUUUGAUGACUGCAGAUAGGUUGGGUUUACAAAGUUUGUAAAGAUGAAGCAGUUCUGGGUUGGGCUUGUUACCGCGUUCUUUCUGUUCUUGAGUGGUUUGAACAAUGGGAAUGCGAAGAUGACAAGUACCUUCGUGCGUUCGGAGUGGCCAUCGACUGAUAUCCCUUUUGAUAAUCAAGCAUUUGCAGUUCCAAAAGGUCGAAAUGCACCUCAACAGGUGCACAUUACACAAGGUGACUAUGAAGGGAAGGCUGUGAUCAUCUCAUGGGUGACACCUGACGAGCCUGGUUCUCUCAAAGUACAGUAUGGUAAGUCGGAAAAGAAAUAUGAUUUGACUGCUGAAGGGACAGUGUCAAACUAUUCCUUCUACAAGUACAAAUCAGGUUACAUUCACGAGUGCCUCCUUGAUGGCCUUGAGUAUGCUACUAAGUAUUAUUACAAGCUCGGUGAUGGUGAAUCUUCUCGAGAAUUCUGGUUCCAAACACCACCGAAGAUUCAUCCAGAUGCUCCUUAUAAGUUUGGAAUAAUUGGUGAUCUAGGCCAAACAUAUAACUCCCUCUCUACCCUUCAACACUACAUGCAGAGUGGGGCAGAUGCAGUGUUAUUCGUUGGGGAUCUUUCUUAUUCAGACAGAUAUCAGUAUAAUGAUGUUGGGAUCCGAUGGGAUACAUGGGGCCGUUUUGUCGAGCAAAGCACAGCAUAUCAGCCAUGGAUGUGGGCUGCUGGAAAUCAUGAAAUCGAGUUCAUGCCAUACAUGGACGAGGUUGUGCCUUUCAGAAACUUUCUUCAUCGGUACCCAACUCCUUACUUGGCUUCCAAAAGCACCAAUCCUCUUUGGUACGCAAUCAAACGUGCAUCUGCUCACAUCAUUGUGCUCUCCAGCUAUUCACCUUUUGUGAAAUACACUCCACAAUGGACGUGGCUUGAGGAAGAGUUGAAGAAGGUUGACAGAGAGAAGACGCCGUGGCUCAUUGUUCUCAUGCACGCCCCUAUCUACAACAGCAAUGAAGCACAUUUCAUGGAGGGUGAAAGUAUGCGAGCGGCUUUUGAGACAUGGUUUGUUCAAUACAGAGUCGAUGUUAUCUUUGCUGGUCAUGUCCACGCUUAUGAAAGAUCGUACCGAAUAUCAAACAUCCAAUACAAUGUGACAAGUGGCGAUCGAUAUCCUAUUCCAGACAAAUCUGCGCCUGUGUAUAUUACAGUAGGAGAUGGAGGAAAUCAAGAAGGUCUUGCUGGAAGGUUUUUAGAACCACAACCAGAUUAUUCGGCUUUCAGGGAAGCCAGUUAUGGGCAUUCAACGUUAGAGAUAAAGAAUAGGACACAUGCGUUGUACCACUGGAACCGCAACGAGGAUGGCAAAAAGGUGCCCACUGAUGCAUUUGUAUUGCACAACCAAUACUGGGGAGGCAAUCUGGGACGCAGGAAACUAAACAAGCAUCACUUGAGAAGUACCAUCCAGCCGAUUAAUGCUAAGUUCUUGCUUGAUUCAGAGUGAUAAGCUCACACCAAAUCAGCAGCCGAUUGCUGAAGAUUAUGGCAGUUCCUUCAAUGUAUAAUGCAAAUGCCAUAUGCAAUCCUUGUCUACGUCAUAUUUAUAACAGGGAUGCUGUUGUUUCCG